AAUCGUUUUUCGAGCUACCUGUUACGUUUUCUCCACCUUGACGCUCAGGUACACGGAUUUGGUGGACAAGUCGACUGAAACUUGCGUUUUAAAGCUUUGUUUUGUAUUACUUCAGAAUGGUUUGACACAAAUAAUUCAUGGUGUUGAAGACUGCUGUAAUUUUAAGGACGGCUGGUGAACGCACCGUGUGAACUGUGAGUAAUGUUUUGUUGAGUAGUCCGUAUUAAGUCCUCUAAUGGAGGAAAGAGUCGCGGUGACAGGUCGCCAUGAAAGUGAAAUUACCUCUUUAUACACUAAAGGAGUUAUGGCUUUAUGAAUGUCAAACGAUAAUUUGCAAUUGUAUCGUUGUAGUUGACGAUUGUAAAACUUAAAAGCGAUAGUUUUCUUCUGUUUGUUUGCUGUAGCCACUGUAGCAAUGUAAACAUUUCGUCUCAGCAGAUGCCAAAAAGGCGAACACCGGAUUCGGUUGUGAAUGUGAAGGUUUCAAUUCAACAAUAUUUUAGACACAAUCUAGUAUAAGGUGAGACUUUUGAUUGAAAUCGACUUUUCUUUAAUUUGGCAACAUUACGGGCUCACUCGCUUCCUAAAAUGGCAUACUGUGACGGUCAGACUUUCAAUUUUAAUGGUGGCCUCUGACCACCUGAACAGGUGCGACAUGGAGAGCUGUAAACACACACAGGCCCUCUUCACAUUAAUCUAUCAGUAGCCUGUAUGUUCAGGAGUGUUUGAACAUUUCUAGAAGGAUCUUUGCUUCACCACAACCCUAGUCAUCUGUCUACACGCAGUCAUUUGCAACAGUUGAAACAAUCCACUUGACAUAGUGAAUUAGGCUGAAAAUGUGUUCCCCAUUUCGCCCUAAUAGGCUAAACAAAAUGAACUUAAUGUGAUUAAUCGUCUUUGCUUGUGUUCCACACAUCCUUAACAAAACCAGUUGGGUUACUUCACCUGCCACCCGGGGAUAGUAGUUUCACAUGUGAUUUGAAGGAAGAUGCCUUUAGGUGGCUACAAGUGGUUUUAGAUUUUGUUUUGCAGAUUUAAUAGGAGAUAGGCUAAGCAUUUAGUAUACUGAUAUUAUUUUAACCAAAAAUAAUAAUUGAUUUCUCCGUUGAUUUACCAUAAUUUGGGAUGAUUCCUUCAAAAAUGUAUAAAGAAAAAAAUACAAAUAAUUUAACUGAGAAAAUCAGGUCCUUUUUAUUAACUUAAAUGUGUCAUUAAAAUAAAUAUGAUACAAAACCGUUGAAAUCACCAAGGCAAGUAUUUGGAACAGACAUGCAAGCAAUAUUUUGUAGUUCUUAAAAGUUCAUUUUAUGUAAUCUUAUUAGUUAUAUCUAUUCUUAGUCUUUUUCUUAAAUCCGAUUAAAUUUUUUUUUUUAACUUCUUUUACCCCUUUUUAUAUGGUAAAGAGCUUUUACUUAUUUGUUCACUUUAUUUUAUUUUAUUGUUUUGGUCCAUCAGGUUUUAGUCUUUCUUUUUACCAUUUAUUUAUUUUUAUUUUAUUUUAUCUUUUUAUCUUUUAUCUCCAGUAUUUCCUAAAGGUAGCACUUACCUGAGGUCAUGUCUCUUUAACAGUAUAUCUUAAAUUCUCACUCUGUGUGUGCGUGUGUGUGUACGUGUUGGUGAGCGAGCGAGGGUGGGUGGGUGAGUGUGUCUGUGUGUGUGGGAGGGUCGGGUUUUAUUGUUGUUUAGUUGUGGUUUUUAUGCUCUGUGAGGCACUUUGAGCUACAUUUUUUGUCUGAGAAGUGGCAUACAAAUAAAGUUGAAAUUUGAAUUUGAAUUUCAUAAACUUUACAUUAUGACAUAUUGCACUAAGACCAAUAAAAACUGUUAAGAGGUCAUUUUAAACUGACAUUACCACUCAAAAACCUGAGUAUCUUUUUGUUUUGAUUGGUCGUGAUCAACAUCUGACUCCUUCAUAUUCUUCAUAAUCUGAUUGGUGGAAAUUUUGCAUGAUAAAAUCAAGCUGUCAAGUUGUUUUUAUCAGCAACCAGUGUCCAACACUAUCUGCAUUUUGGCAUUGGUAAUAUCAGCCUCUUUGAAGCAGAAAUAUCUCCAUGUUAGUGAGAACGAUCCACAUUUAGCAGAAAAAUCUAAUGGCAUAGUUUAUGAGGUUGGUGGUGUUUGUGCUUCGUCUCCUAGCACUGUUUGUUUGCUCAUGCUGGCAGCCAUGUUAGUUUAGAUGUUGUGAUAUGUAACAACUCCAUGAUUGCGUGCACUGCAGUCUGUCCUUUUGGGCUUGAACAAAUUCAGUGCAUGUGUGGCAUGUCUGUGGUUGUGUGAUACACUUGAUAUUUUAGUUUCACUCUUUGUUGAAACAGUUGCUCAUGUAAUCUUUGAUAUCACUCUGCCAAAUUAAACACUUAAAUUAAACAGUUUCACCUUAUUUGACCUAAUUUUCUGCCAUUCUCGUCUAGAUUUUUGAGCUACUUCGUCAUGUCUGUUGGCAGCGCUGGCAGUCUGAGACACAGUUCAGGAAGCCACAAAUAUGAACGCAGCCACAGCAACAGUCAGAGGUCAUCAUACGAGGAGCGGUGUGUGGACCCAGUGGAAGACAGGCUUCCAACGCCAGAGCCGAAGACCGUCCACAAAGCUCACCUGAGAGAUGCGAAUGGAAAGGAGUCCGAGACGAUAGGCUUCAUCCCUGGCUCGGCUGAUCCGCCCUCUGCGACGCAAACCUGCAACCCCUGCGCAUCUCAGAGGAGCUGCAGGACCUUUGUGUGCAGUGUGCUUACCUGCGGCCUGUAUAGAGUCUGCCAGCGUUCCACCCUCGCUCCGUGCUUGGCGCCAAACAAGAGCUCUGAGGAUGAACCGGAGAAAAUCAGCCUUCGUGCUGUGAACACAGAGGACAAGAAAGAAGAAGACACAACAGACUGGUUAGGGGAUGUCCGCAUUGGUGGAGUAAAAGUUGAUAGCCCAAAAGAUUAUUUAGAUAAUGAAGCAAAAACUCAGUCAUAUGUUGCUUCACUCAGUGGUCACACACAGCCAAGCCACCACUCUCUGGAUGAGUCUCUGAGGUUUGAUGACUGGGAGGAUGGGGAAGAGAAUGUAGACUCACUUAUCGCCAAGAAGCUGCUGGAGCUUUACUCUGAAUAUCAGAUCGAGGAGUUGGCGAGAUGCACAUCAGACUCAGUGUUUCUGAGGAAGAGUCGAGCCAUUAACCAGCUCAUCAACUCUCUGGCAGAGGAGCACAAGAUGGACGAGCAGGAGGCUGAGUGUCGGUUGGUGCGCGGGAUCAUCCGCAUCAGCACACGGAAAAGUACGAGGAAACCGGUGGUCUCCAGGAGAGACAAGACGCUAUCAGACAGUGGAAAUCACACAAUGAGGGACAGUGAUUCCUUUACAUUCAGCAACAAUGGUAAGUUCGAGAUUUUCACCUCUUUACUUUAAGUUAUCCUUGUUAUCACUUGUUAUGAUGCAUGAAUCUCAUGUUUUGUGUUUUUCCCAAAGAUGACGACAGAUCGAAUCCAAACAUCCAAAUAUCAGAGCUGACCUCAUCUGACUUGUACGCCAGGGAGAUGUGGAGGAAUAAUGGAGGUAAGACAGCUAUUUUAUGAUGUCUUUACAAACUCAACGUCAACUGAACAUUCAGAGUACAAAGGGGUAAUAUAAGGGGUGUUACCAUAGACCGCAUAUAGAAUGGACAGCGACUCUCCCGCCGAAGAGAGUCGCUACUGCGCAAUGUUGGUUUCAGGAAGUGGAGAAAAAAGAAUACCAAGAGCUUUUUGGCUUCGAAUCCGUAUACUGAUGGUAGGCGGAACUAAGUUGUCCAUAGUAUAUACAGUCUAUGGUUGUUACCAAAGUGUCAUCAUGAAUUUUUGAAUGAUCCUGUACCAGUUUCGAUCACUGCUGACUUGAUGAGCAGAAAUAGCCUUAGAUUGCAAUGUUUUGAUAGAUUGUUAGUUAAGCUUGAAAACUGCUUAAAAUGUUGAAAUCUCCAAUUUUACAAAACUACAAAUAAAAGCCUACUCCAACUAGGUUUGUGCACAUGGACAACCUUUAAUUGAGGAGAAUUAGAAAGUGUCCACAAUCUGCAGAGUCAGAGAGAUCAUAGAGAGAGUUACCACAUUGUGUAGUCACUCAUUUUCAUACACGGAUGCAUCCCGAUGUCCUUAAUAAUUUACAGGUCAAGCCAUCUGAUGUAGGCUAAACAAACAGCACAUCUGUUUAUUAACUGGAUCCACCGCAUCAUUAAGCAUUAUGGAGCUGGAUAUAACCUUGCUUCUAAGGAUCUCUAUGUUUUCUUUUAUAAUCAUUGUAUCUGUUUAUGGUAACAUUGCAGUGCACUCCCACUGAGCUUUUUUUGGUCUAAAAGAGGUCUAAUAAACGUCUAAACGUAGCCAAGAUGACAAGUCUAAAAUCAGGCUACCACAGGUCUAAAAGUAAAAGUUUUUUAGACGUCUAAAUUUAGACCAAGUUUAGACCAAGUCUAAAUCUGGGCUAAAUCUACAGUAUACUACACUAUAUAGUGCUCAAUGGCUAUCAUAAUCAUUUGGGUUAAGUACUUGGAGAUCAGUUAUGCAACUCACAGUUGGUUUUUGAAAUAAAUACUUAUCGAAUAAUGGGUUACUCUCUUCAUUUUGCCCAUAACAAAUAUAUCAUGCAUUACCUUCAACCAAUCUGCUGUUGAAGAUUCUUCCUUAUGCCUUUUUACAUAAAAUCAUCACUUUACGUUGUGGAUGAUGUUGCCUGAAAUCUUAAAAGAAAGUGGAAUUCAGCCUCCAAUAAAGUGAUCAGAAAGACAGCUGAAGAAAUAUACACCCCAAUGAGGGACAGAGGGGAAAAAUGCUUUCAUCGUGUGUCAUUUAUUUACUUUAUUUCCUGUAGUUUGGUUACUGACUUUGAAUAAUGUGCCAGCGUUAUCUGUGUAUCAGUGUAACAAACUUAAUCUGGCUGUUACAGUCGGGGAAAUCCAUCAUGCUUCUGUGUGCCAUCAGAGUUUAGAUGAAACAGGAAUUGUUUUUAUUGCACAAAGUGCUGGCACAGGUUUCACUUCCUGAUCAUUACUGGUAACAUCUGCUUUUGUUGCUGACUUAACUACCAGACUGGUCAUUCCUGUUUGCCAGUUUAAGGGGCCCUAGACUUUUUUUUUUUUACAUAUACUACACUUUCUUUAUACAUGUCCCUUAAACUUUUUCAGUUCUCUUCGGAUUAGUAUUGAUAAAAAUGUCUGUCUUUCAUUUGUUCUCAUAGGCCACACUUCUAGUUCUUCAUCAGCCUACUCACCGUCUCACACAAAGACUAAUUCUUCAGGUGUCCCUCUUAUUCGGACCUCAGUGAGAACAUGAAUCCUGCUCCAUGCUGCUUGGCGACCUCUGCUUGGAUUAAUUUGUCCCGCUGUGUCUACAAGGUCACAUAUGAGGAGGUGAAAGAUAACACGACUGGCACAGCGGUCUCUGGCUGAGCCGGAGACUCUCUGUGUGCGGACAGAAUAGCUUUGAAAAUGUGAAAACUCACAUGUAAGGACUUCAGUGAACUCAGGGCUUUGUGUGUAGAUAUUUAUGAUUGAUAAAUAUUUUUUGUGUGCACGUGAAGGAAAGCUUAACUGAAGACUUUCUCUGCCAGCAGAACAUGAUUAACCGUCCACUUGUCCUUGAAGGAGAGCAUGUUUAUGAAACAUGACCGCUCAAAAUAUUCCGCUGCUGUUCUGAAAAGGACCUUUGGAUUGAGUUCUGAAAAAUAUAAAGCAAAUAGUUUGUUUCCUUUUUUUUUUUUUUGGCAUGUUCAAUAAUUUAAUCAUCAUCAUAGUUUUGAUCUGAGAGAAUUUUCUUUAUUCUGAUUCUAUUUAGUGGUUACACAUAGUCAUUUUAGCACAGUGAUCACAUAUCUCUGAUGAUAGUUCCACUAUUUGGCAUAAUUUUUGAAGUUGGAUGCAUAUUUGCUGCUUGACAACUACAAAGCAGCUUAUUUGAAAUUGGCAUCUCACUGCCUCUGCCUCGAUAUGUAAAUUUAGCACAUGUUGCUAAUGUAAACAAGAUUGUUUCCUGAAGAGACUAAGCCCCAAAACUGUUUGAACAGCUUAAAGCAUCUUAUUGUAUAAACAGUGUCAUAAUACAUGCUCGCUUUACUAAUCAAUAACAGUUUAUGGUGCGCGUGUUCUGGUAAAAUCUCUUUCCUCUCUCUGUCAUUGUGUGCGCGUCUGCUACUGGUAAAAUAAGGAACCUGAUUUUUAAUGUGAGUUAGAUAAUUUCCUCUAAGUUUAACCCUUAAAAAAACACUCAUGUAUAAGUACGGCAAAAAGCCUGUUCAGUGUAGAGACGUAACUGUUUUAUUUACCUGUAAGAAUUAGUAUAUGAUGCAUCGUUCACAUCCGUUUUCAGCUUUUCCUUUAAAGACCCACUUCGAUGAAAAUCCUGUUUUUCUUGUUGUCUACAUGUCCAUAUGGCAUUUUUCUGAUCGUAGAGAACAUAUCAUGAGAAAACUACGUGCGAAAUUGCGUUUGAGUAUUUCUGCAUUCAAAUCACUGUGAAUCUCUGGCAGACCCAAACGGCAAGAUCAGAUAAAGUGAGAUUUCCUACGUCACCAAUCCAAGCUCCGCCCCCGGAGCCCCGCUAUGCAGGUUAGGCUCGGAAAAAUAGAGAGGUAGAUCAAGUGUCUGGGUUAGCGGAUUGAAAUGCUAGUAUAAAAAGCUAACUAUGAUAUUAGCUUUCAUCAUGCCUCUAAAGACAUUAGUGUCCGAGAGUUACCUGUUUCUUCUACUACGCUGCCAAUAUUAGGCUGCAGGCUAACUCGAGGAGAAUUGUGCAGAACAGCGCUGUUUCGCCCACGACUCAGAGGCGAAUUGCAAAUGAGCUACUCAAGCUCUGCAAAGGAAAAGCCCAUGAAAACGACACAGAUAAUGUGAUUUUGGUGAAAAAUGUAUAAUCACAGUUUAAAGACCACUGAUUACAAAUUAAGUAGUAAAAAAAAAAAAACAUCGGAGCGGGACUCUAAAGAAUAAGUUGCAUUAACAGUUAAAAAGUUGACUUUUUAAUAAUAGGUAGCGUAUGGCCUUUUCUGGAUAAAAACCAGUGGGCUGACCCAGAGGAGGUCACAAUACGUGUGUGAAUGCCAUGAAGGCAUGAGCCAAAGUGUCACACCGCCAACACACUUCCAGUCCAGUUUAUUCUUGUUGUCCAAAUAGUAGUCCUGUAAAUAAAACGGUAAAAAGAUUAUGUUAACUGGUGCCAGGUGGUACUUCAGCAUGCAGUCUGUUUCAUGAGCAGCUUUGCAUCUCAAGAAAUUUGCUUCAUUAAGUUCAAUUAUGUCUUUUUCAGGGGGAUGUGUCUGUUCCUUGGCGAAACUAUUUUUUCUGUCCUGUUUAGUUGUCUUGAUACUAAACUCGUAUAACCGUCUGCUGAAGGAAGCUUUGAAGUGCCAUACAGAUAUGAUAGCAGUUUUCUCUUGAUGAGAAAGUUAAUGAAUAACAUGAUUUCCCCUAAGAGAAGGUUAAGUAUCGUUUAAAGCUAGAGAGUGAAUGUUGAUUUUUUUUUCUCAUAAUCUUUAAAAUCUUGUUUUCUUUUGUAAUUUUUACAAAAACAUGAGUGCAAUUUUUUUUCUUAUGUUGAUUUUUUUAUUAGUUUUGUCACAUGAAGCUCAUAUCAAGCAGACAUUUUUGGCUGCCCUAAUCUCUCAUAAUGAACUAAACUAAACUUUGACAGCUGAUAUAAGCUGCAGGUACUAAUUAAUUUGUGUCAUAUGUUGAAAGUUUUUAGUGCAAUCAUAUCUUAAACCGACCCAUGAAGUGAACGUCUGUGCUCCUGAGUUCUGAUGGGAAUCAGGCCAGCUGACUCUGUGCUCUGUGUUACUUAUCAGCCAAAAAUUAUUGACUCUGUUGUAUUCUCUUCAGUUUAUACAAAUGAAACACAAUAUUCCAAAGAUACAAGAACCUACUGCUCCUUUUCUUCCUUGUUUGUGACAUACUUUGAAGUAUGAAAAGAGUUCAUGCCUCGAGGUAAUAUGGACUGAGAUAAUUCAAAUAACUUAACACCACAGUAUGUUUUUAAAUGUGUCUGUAAUUUGGCUGCAAUCCCAGAGCGGUUAUGCUAAGCUGGUGGGAAACUGGUUUCUCUGGUUUCGACAUAGAAACCAAAAAUGCACCUUGACUAUUUAAUAAGUGACGGGGAAUGUACGAACAGCCAUCUGUAACCAUCCUCACGCACUUUGUAUUUAAUUAAAGGGGUGUAAAUGUUUGAUUAAGCAUAGCAUUUUGUUUUCACUUGCACAAAAGAGUUUCUUGUACGGUUUCCUCUAAAGACUUAUAUGUAACUUUCAAUCCUUUUAUGAUACUUCAUGCAAAAGAGUGUUGCCUAAGUUUUAACUCAAGCUUAAACCACCUUUAACUGAUUUGUGAUCAUAAAAGCAAAGUGAAACACACUGAAGUAAGUGUUUGUAAGUGUUUUCUUGCAACCUGUGACCACAUGAGGGAGUCAAAUAAUAUUGUUUAGGUAAGGCCAGACAUUCUACUUCAGGCGUAAAUAAAACAUGAUGAUCUCUA